AUGUCAGGACGUGUCAACGGCGUAGCGACCACGCAAUUGACGUGCCCAUGGCGUGUCCUGGCAUCAGCCAAGAGGGCUGAUUCAUCUAUUUGCGCCGGCGGUAUCCAGUCGGCCACGUGCACGCGAACCUGCGACGACGGGGAUGCACAAGUCGCUGGUGAUCCGCAGCGAGAUCCCGCUCAGCACCGCCGUCGUCAGGGGCUCCCCUGCGGCGGCCCACUGCCACCCCGCCACCUCUCGCCCUUCCUAGGGCCCAACCCGCAGGGGGUUCCUCCACAGCAGCCACUGCCGUCACAACCCCAGCCUCAGCACCAGAAUCAUCAGAAAGGGAAUCUUCGCCGGGCUGCAAGCAACCGCCAAAGUGCCAUACGGAGCCGUGGCCGCGGCCUUAGCAGGAGUAAGAGGAGCACCGUAGGAGACCUGGUUUCGGAGCCCGAUUUUCCCCAGCCGGGCACUGUGCAGGACCAGUCUUCGUGUGCUCUCUUGUUGCUGCUGCGGCGGCGGCGGCAGGGAGGUCGCCGGGUAGGGUGGCCGCCCGCUGCCGCUGAGGGUCACGUCCCGUCACGGGGCCCCCAGCGGGGGCUUGGAGUGCCGCCGCCAGACCGCUUGGCAACCACAGCGACGGCGGCGGCAUUCAGGGCCAGACACGCUGGCGACAGCGGUGGCGGAGACGCCUGGGAAGGGCGGCAGCCGCCGCCGCAGCAGCUGCACCAGGGGUGGAAUGAUGAAGUGGAACCCCAGCAGCCGCGGCAGGACGUGGUGCUGGUUCCUGUGUGGGCGGGUCAGGGCUGGGUGCAGCCGUCUCAGCCGCGCGGCGAGAAGCGCACACGAUCCACCCGCCGCAAUGAGCCACUGCCGGCUGUGCCGCCGGCGGCGGCGGCGGCGGCAUCUGUGGCGAUAGCGACCAUUACAAUGACGGCGCGCAAUUGCGACGGCGGCGACGACGACGAGGGGGCUUCCUAUGAGGCAGCAGCCGGCGCCCGUUUUGUUGGGGCUGCGGCUGCGGGGACGGCGGCGGACGCCGCCGUGGAGCUGCGUGGCAGAUGCGUCGGAUUGACUUCACGACAGACGAACACCUGCGGCGAUUGCACUGCGAAGGACGUGCUCAGCUGCAGCACGGCUGGGGUGAGCUGCGACAGCAGCUAUGUGUCCUGCUCGCCAAGCUCCUUAGCGGAGGCCAACCGUGCAGCCUUUCUAGGCAGGUUUCCCAGCGCGCAAGCCGGCGGCAGCUCGACUUUGCUGCCCGCGCUUCUGCCAAGCCCAACGAGGGCUGCAGUCGCGGCCGCGGCGGCGGCGGCGGCGGCGGCAGGGCGGUCGCCAUCGUCAGCGGCGGCCUCGCCGGAGGCCGCCGUACGGUCUCCGAGCCGUGUGGGGCCUGGGUCCACUCCUGCGCUAUCGUGCCAGGGGGCCCGCUUGCGCGACUGCGCCCUUCAAGGCAUUCACGGCAGCAGCCGCGGCGGCGGCGGCGGCGGCGGCGGCCAUGCACCUGAAGCUGAUCCCAGGCAGCUGAUGCGCGCCAUCGUUGACUGCCGCCACUGGCGGCAACUCCAUGCCGUAUUCCGUGAGUACGGCACCCAGGCUAAUGUCUUGCAUUUGGCGGCGGCACUAGGGAAAAUGACACGGAUGCACUUGCCGCCGCCGCCGCCGCCGCCGCCGCCACCCUCCGGCAAGUUGGCCGCCACAGCAGAUACCCCGGCGGCGCAGGCGUUUCUUUCGGAGCUCGAAGCCAAGCUCCGGAACCACCUCCUGCUGGCGGCGGCAACGGCAGUACAGGCCAGGCACGGCAGCAGGCCCCCGCUGGGGCCGCGCCAGCUGGCUACCUGCCUGGCGGCCCUAGCACGGCUUCGAGCUGACGGGUGGCUGGUAUUGGAGGACUUGGACCUGCUGCAGCUGGCUGCGGAUAUCUCCUUGAGCUGGGGGCUGGAGAGCUUUCCACCUCAGAUGUCCACCUUCCUGUGGGCCAUCGCCACACUGCAUCACCCGCCGGGACAGGCCUUCAUGGAUCUCUGGAUCCAGGCUGCCGUACGCGCCAUGGCGCACUUCAGCGCGUACGACCUCCUCUCCACGGCACUGUGGUGCUGCGUGCGGCUGCGUGUGCCGCCGCGGCCCGUCCUGCUCCAACACUUGCUGGCGGCCGCCGCCCGCCGGGCGCCCGAGUUCACACCCCCCAGCGCUUCCCUGCUCCUUUACGCCCUGGCUCGAUUACACUACCUGGGCUGGCUGCCGGCGGAGGCGUGGGGGCUGCGGACGCCGGAGGGGGCGAAGGCGGCGCCGCCGGCAUGGCCCGCGGCGGCGGCGGGGCCGCAGCCGAGGCCGGGGGCGGAUCUGCCGCCAAGGUGGUGGCGGCAGUACGGCGGAGCGGCCGUUGCGGUGGCGGCAACUGCGCCGCCGCCGCUGCCGCCUUUAGACCUGGGUCCCUUCCUGGAUGCGGCGCUUCAGGGUAUGGCAGAGAUGGAGGUGGUGGAGAUUGGGAGCGGCCAGCCGCGGCUGGCGUUGCCGGUGCUGCUGUGGUCCAUGACCAGAUUAGGGCAUCGACCCCACGAGGGCUGGACGCGAGCGUUCCUGGCACACAGCUUCGAGGUAAAAGCUGUGACCUUUGUCCGUUGUUUGAUGGGCGACUGGGGCCCCCGUGUGGGAUUUCGAGGCAAGGAGGCAUCGAAGCUGCCGCGGGAGGCGGACGGGGCCCACCGGCGUCACGGACAGCUGCUACAGCCGCAGUUGCAGCAGCACGGACAAGGCGGCGGUGGCGGCAGCAGCAGUAACAAGAGUUGA